AUGACUACUGUGCACUGUGGAGCAAUGCACUCCAAAGAAGCGCAGGACCCUGAGAGGCUCAGUUACAAGGAAUGCUGCCAUCAUGCAAAGAGCUGGCCCAGCCACUACAUGAGCCUGAUCAUUGAUUACUCCAACCCCCUUCCAUUGCCCACCCAUUACCCUGUUCCUAAGGCGUGGAUGCACUAUGGCAACAGGUUCAUGAUGGUGCUAGGAAAGUCAGUAAUCAGAGACAAGGCAUACCACACACAAGGGGAGUGGUCAGAGCCAUACCAACUCCUCACCUCCAUUCCACAAGAUGAGGUGACAGAGGACUUUUGGAUUGCAAAGAUCAUCACAGUGCAGCACAAGAGGCUCAACAUCCACUGGUGGAACUUCACCAAUGGUCACUGGGCUGACCAUGGCACUGAAGGCAGUGUGCCCAUUGGCUCUGUUCUUGCUUGUGGCUUCUCAUUCCACCCCAACUCUGGUGUCCCCACCACCACACUCAAAGAGAUCUUCCAGCACCUGUAA